AUGGAAUGUAUCAUGUCCAUACCGUGUUUGACGGGUAAGUUUCUUCCGAUUCAGUGUGAGUGGCAAUACAUUGGCAAUGUUAUUCGUUAUUCACAGAGACAUUACAAGAAAAAUCCCGGAUCCGGUACGGAAGGGUACCUGAACCAGCUACGUCUAUCGACGCUGUACUUCUCGCGGCUAGCUGCAAGUGGCAAACGUUUUGAGAUAGGAGUCGAAGUGGCAGUGGCUGGAAAGUUCGAUGACAUCGUAAUGCACCUGGUGGACGAAGAGCGGUACUGUCUGGUGCAGGCCAAACACAAACAAGACGAAUCGAAGCGCAUCAUUCUGGACGAUCUGCUGAAAACGACCACCGAGUACAGUUUGCCAAAGUAUUUCGACUCGUUUCUGGGGCUGAAGCAGGAAGAGAUAUUCCAAGCCGGUCGGCUGAAAUAUAUUGUUAUCUACACCAACCUCAAGGUGGACGAAAACGUCAUGAAAGUUAUCGAACCGGUUGUGCCAGCGGAGGAUAUUUUUCUCCAUACGCUGAACGUACGCUGCCGAGGCAAAGAGUCGUCGCUGUAUCGCUUCAACACAAACUGUAGCGAAUUCAUCGAGCAGUUAAUUGAUCGCAUUUCACCGAUCUGUGAGGUGGCCCGAAAGCUUGCAGAGCAGCUGGUACAGCGGAAGAAAAUUUCAAUCAAUCCGAAUGGAAUAUUUCACGACUUUCAUGCCCUGCUCGUGCGCGACGUGUUUGACUUGGAACGGCAGUUGUUUCGCGAUACGUUUCUGGCAAAUGUGGAAGGUAUCGAUCCGUGUGUGAAAAAAUUUCGCUUCUUGCUCGAGCGAACGCUGCGCUCCAUUAUGAAGAGUGAGGAUUUCAGCAUUACCGAGCUGAAUCGAUUAAUCGUUAAUGGGAAGCUGAAGUUGUUGUUCGAGCCAGGAUUCAUAUGCAGAUCCAUCAAUCAUGCGAGACCUGCCAAGGAUUGGAUAGACUACAGAGUACAGCGGGCGGAAGUGAUAAAUUUCUUCGACCAUCUCUUGCUAGCUACCGAUCAGCCAAAUUUUAUUGAGCUGGAAGCCAUCACAAAAGUGGAAGUGUUCGGUUUGAAAGAACAAGUGGAUGAAUAUAUGCGCGCAGUGUUUGACCAGGUGGACCGAUGGAUACGAGAUUCGGAGGGACAGUUUCUUAAUGCCAACGACUGGAGGCUUAUCUGUAGUAACUCGGCGGCACGGAUCGCAGGCAAGAAAUGGUUACUGAAGUCGGAGGAAUACCAAAAGUCCAAUCCUGCAACUGGCUACGUGUUCGAACGCAAUACCCUGCUAGCUCCCAUCGAACAGUUCUUGGCUACAUCGCACCGGUACAGUAUGCUUGUAAUAGCUCCGUAUAAUGCGGAGGUAAGUGCUUCCAGAGUGUUGCAAGCGUUGAUGACACUGCGAGAGCAGUUCGUGGUGUUCGAUGCGCAUUGUUUUCAUGACUUUGAAGAUCUAGAAAGUUGUGCGUUGUUUCUGAAAAACGUGUCGAGCAAGGUGAUGGUUAUCGUGUCCAAUGACAAAUGCUGUCGCACCGCAGUUAGAAAUGCGCGACACAAAUUUAACGUGCUAACAAACGUGAAAACCAUUUACAUUGCCUCUAAUGCACAGCAGGAGUAUUUUGCGGAGAAGAUAGAGUACGUACAUUGUGAUCAGUUUGAGCUUGGAGAUAUGAGUCGGCAAUCGCGACAAAAACUGCUCGAAAAGAAAAUUGUACUACAGCAACGUAACGUUCGGUUACAUGAUCUGUUGUCAGAGGAGGUAGCACUGCAAUUGUUAGACAUGGAGUUUAUUUCUCAGCUGCUGAUGAAUCAAGUCGAACCUAUUGUGUAUAGUUUUAAGUAUCAAUGUCAACUCAAGGGACAAUAUUUUAGCCGAACGCUUAUGAGUGACCGCAGCGUGAUCGACGAGAAUGGGUUCGAUCAGCUGUUGACGAUUAACAAAGCUGUGAUACUGUCCAAUGUACCAGGGAUGGGAAAAACUACCUUUCUGGAGAUGUUUAUCGAUCGGCUCUUUAGCUCGCUACCGGAUCAUGUGAUCUGUCUUAUGCAUCUCAAGUUUUACACCGAAACACUGGAAGAAAUUACCAACCUCAAUGCACGCACGAUCAGUGUGGAAGAUGCAAUACGCCACGCUACGAAAUGUUUUUUCGCUGGCAGCUCUCGGCUGGGUCAGGUGCUGUUUCGUAACGCCAUCCUAAAUACGGGCAAAUUGAUCGUACUGGUCGAUGGUUACGAUAGCGUAAUUAAUCGUUACAAAAUAUCCGUCGAAAAGGCAUCCCAGCUGUUUCUUCAAUACCCGUUUCGUAUGCGAAACUUACUGAUCUCAACACGACCGCACGAAACGGAACACCUGCGCGUCUCACUGCCACAAGCCAGAGUUGUUUCAUUGCUGCCAUUUGAUGUGCAUCAGUGCGUAGAGUUUCUUACCCGAUGGUGGAACUGCAGCAGUCAUUUAGAGGCUAGCAAUUUGUUAGAGUAUCUGCAGCAUCACUACGCUGACUGGAUCGUCGGUAGCCCGUUCCAGAUCAAGCUUUUAGCAGAAAUUUACCAAGAAGAUAAGACAAUCAUCACAAACUUCGGUGCUUUAUUGGAACGAUAUUUGGAGAAACAGUUUCAUGAAUCUAAUCAGCGAGCGAUACAGGUAAUGGGCAUUGGGCAGCAACGAAUGGCCGCCGAAACACUAAAACAGGCAGCCCAUGAAGGCCAUUGUGAACUAGCGGCACUCUUAACCUUUUUCCCGGAGCAAAAGCUUGACAUGUCGAAGUUUGUCUUUCUGCUCGACAUCGGUUUGAUAGUGCUUGAAGACAAUCUGAUGCGAUUUGAGCAUCGGCUGUUUCAGCACUACUUCGCUGCAGAAGCGUUGAUGAAGAGCAACCCGGUCACAUACGAUGAAGCACGGUUAGGGCAAAUUUUAGACGAUCCACUAAACAAACAUCUGUUAAAGCUUCUUAUGUACCACCUAGGCAAAUCGAAAAAUGCACACUAUCGCGAACAUUUCCAUAGGUUUUCACUCACUCAAGGGCAACAUAUCACAUCCAGCAAUCGUUAAUCAAAUCAACAACAAAUGAGUACAUAAAUUUUGACCCCUUG